GAGGAGAAGACACUUUGUAAAGGCCAACGCCCACGGGGGCUGAGAUAUAAACCCGGGCGAGGAGCUGCGCCCGUGCAUCGGGGGUGCCCAGCCUUGCAGCUCUGUCGCUUGUGUCCCGGUGCGGAGGCCAUGGCUUCCAAAUGCCUCAAGGCCAGCUUCUCCUCGGGGUCCCUCAAGGGCCUGGGAGGGGCCCACGGGGGCUCGCCCCGCGUGUCCACCGUCUACUCCAGCAGCUCCUGCAAGCUCCCCAGCCUCUCCCGUGGGGCCCGGAGUUUCUCCACCUGCUCGGUCGGGCUGGGCAGGAGCAGCUGCAGGGCCGCCAGCUGCCUCCCCGCUCUCUGCCUCCCGUCCGGAGGCUUUGCCACCAGCUACAGCGUGGGCGCGGGCUGGUUCGGGGAGGGCAUCCUGACGGGCAGCGAGAAGGAGACCAUGCAGUUCCUGAACGACCGCCUGGCCAGCUACCUGGAGAAGGUGCGGCAGCUGGAGCAGGAGAACGCCAGCCUGGAGAGCCGCAUCCGCGAGUGGUGCGAGCAGCAGGUGCCCUACCUGUGCCCCGACUACCAGUCCCACUUCCGGACCAUCGAGGAGCUCCAGAAGAAGACCCUGUGCACCAAGGCAGAGAACGCCCAGUUGGUAGUGCAGAUCGACAAUGCCAAGCUGGCCGCAGAUGAUUUCAGGACCAAGUAUGAGAUGGAGGUGUCCAUGAGGCAGCUGGUGGAGUCGGACAUGAAUGGCCUGCGCAGGAUCCUGGAUGAUCUGACCCUGUGCAAGGCUGACCUAGAGGCCCAGGUGGAGUCCCUGAAGGAGGAGCUGCUCUGCCUGAAGAAGAACCAUGAGGAGGAAGUAAACUCACUGCGCUGCCAGCUUGGUGACCGGCUCAAUGUCGAGGUGGACGCUGCCCCGCCUGUGGACCUGAAUCGCGUUCUGGAUGAGAUGAGGUGCCAGUACGAGACCCUGGUGGAGAAUAACCGCCGGGAUGCUGAAGACUGGUUCAACACCCAGACCGAGGAGCUGAACCAGCAGGUGGUGUCCAGCUCGGAGCAGCUGCAGACCUUCCAGGCAGAGAUCAUUGAGCUGAGACGCACGGUCAACGCCCUGGAGAUCGAGCUGCAGGCCCAGCAGAGCAUGAGAGAUGCUUUGGAAUCCACCCUGGCGGAGACGGAGGCCCGCUACAGCUCGCAGCUGGCCCAGAUGCAGUGCCUGAUCGGCAACGUGGAGUCCCAGCUGGCCGAGAUCAGGGGUGACCUGGAGCGGCAGAACCAGGAGUACCAGGUGCUGCUGGACGUCCGGGCCCGGCUGGAGGGUGAGAUCAACACGUACCGGGGCCUGCUGGAGAGCGAGGACUGCAAGCUGCCCUGUAACCCAUGUGCCCCGGAACCCUCGGCCUCCAAGUCAUGCCUCCCUUGUCUUCCCGUGGCCUCCUGUGGUCCUGGCACAGCCCGCACGACCUGCAGCCCCCGCCCCAUUUGUGUGCCCUGCCCGGGAGGCCGGUUCUGAGAGUGCCUAGGUCCAGAAAGCCAAGGCCACUGUCUCCAGGGCUUGGAGUUGGCCUCUAGUUAGCCCUAACCCUAAAGCCCCAGUCCCUUCUCAUGCAGAGCCCAGGGCCUGGUUCUGGAGACCUCACCGCAAAUACACGCCAUAAAGUUUCUCAAAGCCUGUCCCUAAGGCUGGCUGCUCCAGAAGGCCGCAACUCCUCGUCAUUUCAAUGGGUGCCAGGGUCUCUGUUCUCGGGCUGCCUCUUGGGUCAGCAUUUCCUUCUGGGUGCUGCUCCGGUGGGUCCUGAAAUGCAACAGAGGGAUUCAGAACAAUAAAGUGCGUUUGCUCUGGCUCUCGAUGCCUAAG